GCGCGCGAGGCCGCCUGGGAAAUGCAGUCCCAGGCGCGGGAUCACCCGCUCCCUGCGCGGCCAGGUGCCGGCUCCCCGACCCGGUUCCUCCACCCGCGUUUCUUCCCCACGCCCGGGUCGGGCCUAGGAGCGUCACAACGCGUCUGCCCUGUCCUUCCACCCCAUCUCGAGGAGACGGAAAUGUUCAGGUUGAUACACUGCUUGCCGCCAAGAUCAGACCCUAAGCAAGGUCUCCGGAGACGUGGGCGGGAGCCCUGGUCAGCGAAAGGCGACGCUGGGACGGCCAGGACCAGGCGGGCCCGGGAAAUCGAAGGCCCGAACAUGGAGGCUGGGUUGCCGUAGAGAGGGGAGAGGAAGCCGAGGUCAGUUUGCUGAAAGAGCCCGCGUCCGCCAUCGACUUCCGGAAUUUGAAGCCGGCUUCCGGAAGCCGGAAUGGUGUCCCCAUGACAACCGACGUUGGUUCUUUGAGGUCCUUGUCUGAGAAUAAGGGCAACAGCUCUUGAUUUGGAAGACUUAGACACUUCUCCUCAGUGUUGGGGAGAGAACCAAGAACUCUUUUUAAGGGAAUUGUGGAAUGUGCCCUUGGAGGCCCAAGAAAGCAGAAGAAAGAUGCUUCAGACCAGUAACUACAGCCUGGUGCUAUCCCUGCAGUUCCUGCUGCUGUCCUAUGACCUCUUUGUCAAUUCCUUCUCAGAGCUACUCCGAAUAGCUCCUGUCAUCCAGUUGGUGCUCUUCAUCAUCCAGGAUAUUGCAAUCCUCUUCAACAUCAUCAUCAUUUUCCUCAUGUUCUUCAACACCUUCGUCUUCCAGGCUGGCUUGGUCAACCUCCUAUUCCAUAAGUUCAAAGGGACCAUCAUCCUGACAGCUGUGUACUUUGCGCUCAGCAUCUCCCUUCAUGUCUGGGUCAUGAACUUACGCUGGAAAAAUUCCAACAGCUUUGUUUGGACAGAUGGACUUCAAACACUGUUUGUAUUCCAGAGACUGGCGGCAGUGCUGUACUGCUACUUCUACAAACGGACGGCCGUGAGACUGGGCGACCCACGCUUCUACCAGGACUCUCUAUGGCUGCGCAAGGAGUUCAUGCAAGUCCGAAGGUGACUGCUUCUUGUCACACUGAUGGCUGCCUUUCCUUCCUGAUAGAAGCUCUUCAGGAAGGAUCGGCCUCUGCACCAGGAAAUAGCUGGACUUCCCUAGGACAUGCUUGGGCCAGUUGUGUUCUCACAAGUUCCACGAGUUCCCCAACAGACUCCUGUGCGUAGUGCCUCCUCUCCCCUACCUCAGUUCCACCCUUUCCUUCCUUCCCCGCCAUGUUCCACUCCUUGCACCCCUCCCCUCUGCCGAGGCUGUGGCUCACCCUUUGAACCUACUAGUCUCCACCUUCCUGACACCACGCUCUGGUGACUGAAGGAUGCAGCGUGGUAGUUGGGUGCUCUUGACUGAUCCCCUCUUAGACAUUUAGAUUUUUAUACCUAAGAUACUUUUUUACAUUUUGUAAAUAGAAAAUAAAUUCUUUUUUCAUAAAUGGUG